AUGAAAUUACUCAAGUUUGUGUGGAUCCCCGUGGUUACGGUCGUAGUCCUCGUGUUGUUGCUGAAUGGCUACAUAUAUUUCAACCAAGACAAUCUUAUCUUCGCAAAAGAAAAGAUCAAUCCCAAUAAAAUUCGUCCUUAUGGCAGUCACUUCGAGGAUGUGUAUUUAGAUAUGGACGACGGAAGCAAAUUUAAGUGCUGGUUUGUAAAAACGGAAGACCACGAGAACAAACCUGUGUUCCUUUACUACCUCGGAAAGGGUGGCUACAUUGAGAAGUAUGUCAGAUUGUUCGACAUGAUUGUACAGAGAGUGGACGUGAGCAUUUUCUCCUGCUCCAACAGGGGCUGCGGAACCAACGAAGGAAAUCCAUCUGAGGAACAAUUGUACAAGGAUGCCCUGGUGCCCUUCAACUACCUGAAGCAAAAAAAUACCAAGCAGCUCUUCAUUUUUGGAAACUCCAUGGGAGGUGCAGUGGCCCUUGAAACGGCAUCCAAGCAUCAACAGGACAUUUACGGCUUGAUCUUAGAAAACACAUUUGUUAGCAUGAAGAAAAUGUCGGAGCAGAGCUACCCCUUCCUGAAUUUUUUCCUCUUGAGUUUUGACAUAUUGAUUAGAACCCAAAUGGACAAUGCAGAGAAAAUAAAAAAAAUACACGUCCCUCUUUUAAUUAACACAUCGGGACGGGACGAAAUAAUCCCCCCUGAACAUUCGAGGAUAUUAUUUGAGCUGUGCCCGAGCAAGCACAAGUUUAAGUACCUCGCGAGGAAAGGGACCCACAACAACAUAAUAAUUGGCGACGAGGGCUCGUAUCACGAGUCGAUGAAGAAGUUCGUCGAAGUAGCCAUCAGUGUGCGAGAGGGCAAAGCAGAAGCAUAG